AUGUUCAUUGGUGGCUUGAACUGGGAAACAACAGAUCAGUCUCUUCGCGACUACUUCUCUCAAUUCGGUGAAGUCCAGGAAUGCACCGUUAUGCGCGACAGCGCCACGGGCCGAUCGCGUGGGUUUGGAUUCUUGACUUUCCGGGAUCCCAAGACCGUCAACACGGUUAUGGUGAAGGAACAUUAUCUAGAUGGCAAAAUUAUUGACCCCAAGCGGGCCAUUCCGCGCGACGAGCAGGAAAAGACGAGUAAGAUCUUUGUCGGUGGUGUUAGUCAGGAGGCAACCGAGCAGGAUUUCAAGCAAUUCUUUAUGCAAUUCGGUCGUGUGGUUGAUGCUACUCUCAUGAUCGACAAAGACACUGGACGUCCCCGUGGAUUUGGUUUCGUGACAUUUGACAGUGAAGCCGCCGUUGAAAAUGCACUUUCGCGACCUCUUGAGAUCUUAGGCAAGCCCAUCGAAGUGAAGAAGGCACAGCCCCGUGGUAACCUGCGGGAUGAGGACCGUGGUGGCCGCCGUGGUGGCCGGGAUAAUUAUCGCGACAUGGGUCAUGGAGAUAGUUCUCAGCAGCAGGGAGGAGGAGCACCGCAGGGUAUGACUGGUGGCAUGACUCCCCAAAUGAUGGCCCAGUAUUGGCAACGUAUGCAACAGUAUUUUGCCAUGAUGCAACAGCAGAUGGCCAUGGCCAACGGUCAAGGACAGGGUAUGGGCGCCAUGGGCAUGGCUGGCAUGAACCCAGCUAUUAUGCAACAGAUGCAGCAAAUGCAACAGAUGCAGCAGAUGAAGGCACAACAAGGCGGCAUGAGCCCCACUCCCCAGAGCCCCAGCUCGCAGCCGGUCAUGCAAAACAUGAUUAACCCGGCCAUGAUGCAGCAGAUGCAACCCCAGCCCCAACAAAGCGGCGGUGGUAGUGGUGGUACAAGUCCUGCCCCUAGCGCCGGCAUGGGGGCGAACUACAACCGCCAGACUGCCACAGGUCCCGGUUACAAUGCACAGGAGCAGAUUGCUUUCGAGCAGCAAAAGUACGAGCAACAGCAAGCCCGCCGUACUUUUUCACCCUACCAGCAAGGUGGUCCAACUUCGUGGGAGGGUAUGUAUGACGAGGUUCCUCAGCCCAACAUUCCAUCUGGUCCUCAAGGUAUGGUUCGCGGUGGCAGUGUUAACUUGCUUAAUUCAGGUCAUACUCCGCAACCACAAAACGCCGCUCCAGCGAAUGCGCCAACAGGCCCCCGGAAUGCAGGAAAGCCUGGCGCCAACUACCGUGGUGGUGGACGUGGAGCACACCGUGGUUUCCACCCCUAUUCGCGUUAG